CAGUGACGUAACCUCACUUUAUGCCGUCAAAGUUAUGUUAUUUGUCAAUUUUAGGCGACGUUUGCUUUUUUACACACCAAAAUUAUUUUAUGCCAACAUGUCCAGUAAAUGUGAGGUAGCCGUUUGCCAAUUUACAGCAACCAACGAUAAAGAACGAAAUUUAAGUAUUGUUAAAAAAUUAGUUAAUGAAGCAGUCGAUAAAAACGCAAAAGUUGUAUUUUUACCCGAAGCUACUGACUACAUAGGUACCAGCAAAGAAGAAACUAAACAACUAUCGGAACCCUUAAAUGGUAAACUAAUGAGUGAAUAUAAAAAUUUGGCCAAAAGUAAUAAUAUUUGGUUAUCAAUUGGGGGUAUUCAUGAAAAAGUUUCUGAGAAUGAAACAUUUAAUUCCCACGUAUUAAUUGACAAUAAAGGUGAAAUUCAGUCAUUAUACCGAAAAAUUCAUUUAUUUGACGUUUGCAUACCAGAAAAAAACAUAAAUUUGAGAGAAUCGGAUUUUAAUAAAGGUGGAAAUCAAGUAUUAGCCCCUGCAUCAACACCUUGUGGAAAAUUAGGUCUUGCUAUUUGCUAUGAUUUAAGAUUUCCAGAGUUGGCUUUAAUUCAAAGAAAAUUUGGGGCCGAAAUUCUUACAUACCCUUCAGCAUUCACCUCUAAAACUGGCCAGGCCCAUUGGGAGAUACUAUUGAGAGCUAGGGCCAUAGAAAAUCAGUGCUAUGUUAUUGCUGCCGCUCAAUAUGGCAAACACAAUGAAAAAAGGGUUUCCUAUGGACAAUCUAUAAUUAUAGACCCAUGGGGCAAAAUAUUGUCCCAAUGUCCAGUCUACAAGGAAGGAACAGACACUAAUGAAAGUGUGGCAGUUGCUACUAUAGAUUUGGAGCACUUAGCAAAAAUGAGAAAUGAAAUGCCUGUAAUGGAUCAUAAAAGAAAUGAUGUUUAUUCAAUGGAAUUAAAUGAAACGCCUGUGUAUUUAAUUAAUGAUGAUGAAAUAUUUAGUUUUGCAGAUAAGACAAUUCCAGGAUCUACGGUUUUUUACAAGACUCCUUAUAGUUUUGCUUUUACCAAUAUAAGAUGUGUGGUUCCUGGUCAUGUUUUAAUAUCAAGUUUAAGGCCUGCAAAAAGGCUUCAAGAUCUCACAGAGACAGAAAUAGCAGACCUGUUCAAUGCUGCUGUAAAAGUGGAAAAAGUUCUUGAAAAACACCAUUCAACUUCCAGUACCACAGUAUGUGUUCAAGAUGGUAGAUUAGCUGGCCAAACUGUACCUCAUGUUCAUGUUCAUAUUUUACCCAGACAUGCAGGUGAUUUUGAAAGAAAUGAUGAUAUAUAUGAUUCAUUAGCCAAACACGAUCUAGAAGAUAACCCUCAACCUUUAAGAACCCCACAAGAAAUGUCUGAAGAAGCCAAAGUGUUAAGAACAUACUUUUAAUACACUGUGAUAAAUAUAAAGUUAAAUAAUUGUACAAAUUACUAUAAACAUUAUAAAAUAUAUG